AUGAAAUUCAAGGGACAAGCACGUGUUUGGUGGCAUAGUGUCAAAGAAUAUCUGCACCGUCUCCGGUUUCCACCCAUAUCCGAUUGGGAGGAGAUGAAACUCAAGUUACAGGAAAAAUACCUUCCUAUGGACUAUGAGGAUUCGAUUUUUGUCGAUUUAUUAGCACACAAGCAAGGGACCACAACGGUGGACGAAUACACCCAUCGUUUCCACGAGUUGAGUAUUUGUAGUCGCCUCACCGAGACAGAGCGUCAAUCUCUCACUCGUUACAAGGCUGGCCGUCAAGAAGACAUCAGUAGGGAGUUGAUCAACGUUCGAGUAACGAGUCUUGACAAGGUUUAUCAACUAGCACUACGGUUAGAGCAACAAGCCAAGCUUAUGAGUGCAAGGGGUCGUGGUCACUAUGCCUUUAUGUGCCCCACCCGUGAGCAGCGCCAUAGCUUAUACUGCGAAGAGAAUCCCCCUGAAGAGGAGGCUGAACAGCAUUCCCCUGUUGCCACUCCUGCCAAUGACGUGGAAACUCCUGAGGAGACGUUAGAGAGCAGAAUGAAUGUUAUAUCCCUUGAAGCUGUGCAGAAGUUAAAGCUACCUAUGGAGAAGCAUCCAAAACCUUAUCGUGUCAGUUGGGUAGAUGAUACUACCAUCCCCGUGAAGCAGAGAUGCUUGGGAAAGAAAUUGGUGUUGAAACCCAUGAACGUGCAAGAGUUUGAGCAACCGACUGCGGAGAGCCAAAUCGUCGAGGUACGAGUGUUGACAUUAUGCAAGUUCACUGUAGCUUGUAAGGAAUGUGGCUUGUAUAUUGCUUUGGGGGCAUACCCAAGUGCAUCCAUCCAAGCUCGCUACGUGCUCCCCACCGAAAUUGAGGAUAUGUUGAAAGAAUUCCAAGAUGUCAUGCCUGGCGAAUUUCCACGCAACUUGCCACCGAUGAGGAAUAUACAACAUGCAAUUGACUUGUUUCCAAGGGCAUCACUACCAAACCUCCCAUCGAGUUUAGUCGAUCAUGUUGACCAUCUCCGACAGUUACUUCAAACACUCCGUUUUGAAAGCUUCUUUGUCAAUCUCAAGAAGGGCACCUUUGCACAAGACAAUGUGAUUUUCUUAGGAUUCAUUGUAUUGUCCAAAGGAUUAACCACUGACCCGAAGAAGGUUCGCACCAUUAUGGACUGGCCCAACCCCAAUAAUCUCCGUGAUGACCCCCCAUCACUGAAUGCACCAAGAAAGGCUCCUUCCUCUGGACCACUGCUGCCCAACAAGCCUUCAAGGCCAUCAAGAAACUCCUUACGGAGGCACCUAUGUUUAUGGCUACCCAAUUUUGAAGCCCCUUUUGAAGAGUCUUGCGAUGCCUCACAUUCAGGCAUUGGCGGCGUUCUAAGUCAAGGUGGGCAUCCCAUCGCUUAUUUUAGCGAAAAGUUGAAUGAAGCAUUUAAGCGAUAUUCUACAUAUGAUUUGGAGCUCUACGCUCUUGUGAUAACUAUCAAGCAUUGGUGCCAUUAUUUGAUACAUCAAGAAUUCUUACUGUUCACUGACCAUGACUCUCUGCGGCAUUUAAAUGUCCAAAAGAAACUCAAUGCACGACAUGCUCGUUGGGUGAACUAUCUCCAACAGUUUACUUUUGUCCUUUGGCAUAAAGCGGGAAUGGAAAACACUGUGGCCGACGCCCUUAGCCUGAAAGAGUCCUAUCCUCAUGACCCGGAUUUUGGCACUUGUUAUAAGGCAUUGUUGACUUCACCUAAUUGGCUUGAUGGACACUAUUCUCUUCUUGAUGGCUAUCUUUUUAAGGGGACUCAACUUUGUCUCCCUCACACAUCCAUCCGAGAUUUUGUCAUCCAAGAACUCCACGCUGGGGGACUAGUGGGACACUUUGGCCGCGGUAAAAUUAUUGCCCUUGUGGAGGAUCGUUUUUAUUGGCCCCAUCUCAAGUGA